GGGGGCGGCGAGAGGCCUCCUCAGCUGUGGGGAACAGAGCCCAACGUGGAGGGGCCGCGUCCCUGCCACGUCUCGCCUGGCCGCGGGCUGAUUCAUCGGGCUUCCCCUGGCACUUUCCCUUCCUCGCGGCCGGGCCCCCGAGGGUCUCACUGAUUCUUUUCGGGCCAGCACCUGGUGUGGGGGGCGGGACACGCCGUUUCAGGGCCAGGGUCCCCAGUGGGUUUUUCUGAAUUGAGGCGGAUGUGGAAGAAAACGGGAGUGUUUUUCUUCCCCAUGUGGUCUCGGUGUGUGGUUGGUGACUUUCCCCCCAGAUGCUGAGGUGCCUGUAUCCCUGGCGCAGGCCCUUACUGAGCUGUAGUUGGCGUAGACUGUGCCUUCUGAAGCAAUACCUAUUUACAAUGAAGUUGCAGUCUCCAGAAUUCCAGUCACUUUUCACAGAAGGAUUGAAGAGUCUGACAGAAUUAUUUGUCAAAGAAAAUCAUGAAUUAAGAAUAGCAGGAGGAGCAGUGAGGGAUUUAUUAAAUGGAGUAAAGCCUCAAGACGUGGAUUUUGCUACCACUGCUACCCCAACUCAAAUGAAGGAGAUGUUUCAGUCUGCUGGAAUUCGUAUGAUAAACAACAAAGGAGAAAAGCAUGGAACAAUUACUGCCAGGCUUCAUGAAGAAAAUUUUGAAAUUACUACACUACGGAUUGAUGUUGUCACUGAUGGAAGACAUGCUGAGGUAGAAUUCACAACUGACUGGCAGAAAGAUGCUGAACGCAGAGAUCUCACUAUAAAUUCUAUGUUUUUAGGUUUUGAUGGUACUUUAUUUGACUACUUUAAUGGUUAUGAAGAUUUACAAAAUAAGAAAGUUAGAUUUGUUGGACAUGCUAAACAGAGGAUACAAGAAGAUUAUCUUCGAAUUUUAAGAUAUUUCAGGUUUUAUGGGAGAAUUGUAGACAAACUUGGUGACCACGAUCCUGAGACUUUGGAAGCAAUUGCAGAAAACGCAAAAGGCUUGGCUGCAAUAUCAGGAGAAAGGAUUUGGGUAGAAUUGAAAAAAAUUCUUGUUGGUAACCAUGUAAAUCAUUUGAUUCACCUCAUCUAUGAUCUUGAUGUGGCUCCUUACAUAGGCUUACCUGCUAAUGCAAGUUUAGAAGAAUUUGACAAAGUCAGUAAAAAUGCUGAAGGUUUUUCACCAAAACCAAUGACUCUCUUGGCCUCAUUAUUCAAAGUACAGGAUGAUGUCACAAAAUUGGAUUUGAGGUUGAAGAUUUCAAAAGAAGAGAAAAACCUUGGUUUAUUUAUAGUUAAAAACAGGAAAGAUUUAAUUAAAGCAACAGAUAGUUCAGAACCACUGAAACCCUAUCAAGACUUCAUUAUAGAUUCUAGGGAACCUGAUGCAACUACUCGUGUAUGUGAACUACUGAAGUACCAAGGAGAGCACUGUCUUCUAAAGGAAAUGCAGCAGUGGUCCAUUCCUCCAUUUCCUGUAAGUGGCCAUGACAUCAGAAAAGUGGGCAUUUCUUCAGGAAAAGAAAUUGGGGCUCUAUUGCAGCAGUUGCGAGAACAAUGGAAAAAAAGUGGUUACCAGAUGGAAAAAGAUGAACUUCUAAGUUAUAUAAAGAAGACCUAAAGUUGAUGAGAGCUGGCUACUAAAAAGCAGAAAUUUUUGGUAAGACUAGUUAUUUUUUUUCCUCCCCCUUAGUGAGAUUUAAGAGACUUGAAUAUAUAGCUGAAUAAAAGCCAGCUUAGAGGACAUCUGCAGAAGAAUAAAGAUCUCAUUUUGUGAAAUAUAAUUAUAUUUCAGGCACUAAACUGAUGUCUACCUCCUCUUAAUCUGACUUAUAUCACUGAACCUUAUAAUUCUUUUGGAAUCGUUCCUACUGAGAAAAGUAUAUUCGGCCUCUCCUAUCUAUCCAUCUUAAUAUGUCUAGGCUUCUUUAAAAAAAAACGUGGUUUUUUUUGUACGGGGCAGUACUAAGAUUGAUCUUAAAAAGUGGUAACUGUCUUGAAGAAAAAAUGUUUCUUAGUGUUGGCAAUUGAAAUAACUGGGCUAUUUUAUACAGUAAUUGUCUAUGAUAAGUAUCAUUUCUUAUCUGAAUUCCAGAAUAAACUUGUGUUUGAAAAGAAAAUAGUUGACAAAUUUGCAUAAAAUACCCUAUAUAAAAUGUGAAGACUGGAUGUGUCCUACGUGGCUGCCAUUCAUACAUGCAAGACUUCUAGGCAAGCUAUAUUUCAGUAUGUAGCUGAUACUCUCCUCUCUCAUGAUUUCCUUAACUAGGCAUGCUAAGCCUGGGAAAGAUUAACUUGAGGGUUACUCUUGAGCCUGUUAUUUUAAUAAACAUUUCCUUUGGAAUUGGAAGGUAACUGUAUUUAUGUGGUAUCUGAUGGUAUAUAUCAGGUAGCAUAUAUACAGAGGGACAGUACUCCUGUCCCUUUAAAGUAAAUGUUAAUUUCUUUCAUUAAUUAAAAGGAUAUGACCUACAUUAAAAUUUCCACGAACAGGUCUAUACAUUUGCUUUUUAAAGAUUUGAGCCUUAAAUGCUUUCAGUGGGUAAAUGGGUGUAUAGCACAAAGUAUUAUUUCAGUUGCUAUAUUCUGACAUUUUACAAUUGAUUUUCCUUUCUGUGUAGCCAGUCAUAGCAUCUUUGUACUCUAUGGGCAAAUAGCAAUUUUGGACCUUGAUAAAACAAUUUUGAAAAGCAUAUUUCUCUUAAAGCCCAGCUAAGAGGAAGUGUGACAAACACUCAGUGUAACGGGCUGUGGUGCAAGGGAGGGGGCCUCAGAGACAACUGCGCACAGGUCAGUAAUUAAACGUACUAUAAAAUAAGACAUUGAAAUAUUUAAGUACUACUAAAAUAGAUGUUUGGACCUAAUAUCAGAGAAUUCCUACUAUUCUAUAUAGGAGGGAUGUUGAUUUAGCUACUUCAGAGGUCUGGUUUUGUCAUGUAUAAAACACUUGAAAAUAGUAUUAUAUGCAUGUUUUUACGUAUCAGAAAAUUUUAUUUGCAAGUGUCAGUAAACAAUAUGGAACAUUCUAAGAUUACACCCUUCAGGGGGCAAAUGUAAAAGCAAUGUUCCCUCACGCCAACUGGUUUGGAUUUCAAUGUAAAGAGGUGUGGUGUGCUGCUGCAAAGAACUCCCUGGAAUCUAUUUAGAGUAAGUUUUAGUUCAGUGUAAGACUGAUGAACAACUAGUAAAGUCAUAUAAACCCAAGGUUAUUAGUAGUAGUAAUGAAGUAAAGCUUCGAAAAAAAGUUACAAUCUUGAGCA